AUGGGGAGGUUCGGGUCGCAGACGAGUACCUACAAUAGGCUGGUGGUGGUCUUCGUGGCCAUCGGGUCUCUGACUUACGGAUACUGCUCUUCCAUUAUAUCCAGUACCAUCGGUCAACCAGGAUGGUACACCUACUUCAAUCUACCGGCUGAUGGCGAGCCAGGAUACGCCGCCAUCACCACCCCUGCCAUCUCAACCGCCAACGGUGUCUUCAGCGCCGGCGGUGCCGUCGGCACCCUUUUCAUAAUGUGGUCGUGCGACUUCUUUGGCAGAAAGGCAAAUAUUCAAUUUGGCGCUUUCUUUUCCUUGUUUGGUGGAGCUCUCCAAGCAGGCUCCAACUCCUUGGCCAUGUUCCAAGCUGGACGCUUCAUUUGCGGCCUUGGGAUCGGUAUCCUCGUGACCGUGUGUCCUAUGUAUCUCUCUGAGAUGUCAAGUGCCUUGCGCCGCGGCUGGCUCGUCGGCCAUCACGCGAUCUUCUUGGUAUUUGGAUACAUGCUCGCAGGAUGGGUUGGAUUCGCGUGUUACUACGCGACAGGUCCGCUGUCAGGAUUUGGCUGGCGGUUCCCUCUCGCCCUCCAGUGCCUACCCGCCUUGGUGCUGCUUCUGGGAUCACCAUGGCUACCGCGCUCGCCUCGAUGGUUGAUCUCGAAGGGGAAACUUGACGAAGCCCAAUUCGUCAUUCAGAAACUUCGGGAAUCACCCGAUGAUCCUGACAACUUGGUCGCCAAGGAAGAGUUCUUCCAGACCAAGGAGCAGAUUCGACUGGAGGCGGAGAGGCUGGCUACUUAUGGUAGUGUGUGGAAGGCCAUCUUCAAGAAGAAGACUUACCGAAAGCGUAUGGCCAUUGGGUUUUUGACUCAGUGGGGUGCGGAGUUUGGUGGGCCUCUGAUUAUUAACAACUAUGCAGUUCUUCUGUAUACGAAUCUGGGUAUGGAGGGUAGUAUGCCUCUCCUCCUAAGUGCCGUCUGGCUUACGACUGCUGGUGUGAUUUACAACCCUCUGGGCGCUUGGCUGCACGACAAGGUCAACUCCCGACGCAAAAUGUACAUGACCGGCUUUGUGGGCAUCGUGAUCACUACAUCGUGCCUGGCAGCCAUGACCGCCCAAUACUCCGGCACCACCAACAAAGUCGGAAAUGGAUUUGGUAUAUUCUUCAUGUACCUGUACCUGGCAUUCCAGGGUACAUUCUGCGACACUACCAUGUACCUCUACGUGUCUGAGAUUUUCCCCACUGAGAUUCGACCCAUUGGCAUGGGCUUUUCUCUCUUUGGUCAAUUUGCCGCAACCCUUAUCCUCCUACAGACCGCGCCCAUGGGCUUCGGAAACGUCGGCUGGAAAUAUUACCUGGUCAUCAUCUGCUGGUCCGCCUUCUUUAUUCCAGUUAUUUACUUCUUCUUCCCUGAGACCGCGCGUCUCACCCUGGAAGAAAUCGCCCAGAACUUCGGAGACGAGGUUGCCGUCCACCUCACCGAUGCCACUGAUGAGGAGAAGGCCCAACUUGAUCAUCAGCUUGCUGAGCCGAGUACGAACACGAAACCGGCCGUGAGCUCUGAAUCUACUCGAAACGAGGGAGAUGAUGCGGAUGUAUCCCCUAUUGAUGACGAGAAUGUUCGCAAGGCAGAGUAG